AUGGAACCGGACAGUUAUUUGCGAUCGAACAGCCGAAGCCAGCCGUCAGGGCUGGACCGAGUUCGGUCAAUUCAACGACGAUUCUCAUCAAAAUACAAGUGAGUAACAAUAUGAAAAUCUGGAACACACUUGUAAAUAUGUUUUAAUGUUAUUGAACGGCAAACCUAACACAGAAUGCGUUUGUUUACUGAUAAAAAGGGAAGUCUUUGGUUUUAAAUUUAGGGAAGACUUGACCAUUCUGGCCUUGUUUGUUUACACUUUCGGGUUAGCCAGUAUAUUAACUGUUAGUAAUUUUCUUAUCAACGGAAAUUAAAAGAUAACAAAAUGCCAUCGUUUGCCGGUCGCAAAAAAGCGCCAAAGAUCACGUGUUUACCCAUCUAUUGCAAUAUUGUUUUUGAGUCGAGUUUCCCUCUAGGAAAAGUUGUCUCGCAUGGUCACGUUUGCCAGUUUUUUUUCUUCUGAAUGGAGCAGACGAUUGCCUUUAAUUUCAUGUUAGUCGAGGGCUAAGUCGUAUUUUGUAGGAAGAUGGCAUCUACCGAGUUGUCGAAGGCAGAUCGGGAGCUGAAGGCCCAAAUAAAGAUAGGACAUUAUGUUCUGAAGGAUACUUUAGGUACAGGGACGUUUGGAAAAGUGAAAGGUAAGCUGUUGUCUAAUUAUAAUAUUUUUGGCUUUUAGUUGGGAUUCAUGAAGCUACUGGCUACAAAGUUGCCGUUAAAGUAUUAAAUCGACAAAAAAUCAAGAUUCUGGAUGUUGUCGGCAAGAUUCGACGAGAAAUUCAGAAUCUUUCUUUGUUCCGCCAUCCUCACAUUAUCAAACUGUAAGUUUUCUGUUUUAAUUUUACAUUCCAAAUUUAGGUAUCAAGUAAUUAGCACACCGACUGACAUCUUCAUGAUAAUGGAGUACGUUUCUGGUGGAGAACUCUUCGAAUACAUCGUGAAGCACGGUCGGGUAAGUAAACUUAAUUAUGUAUGAUUAUGUUUUUCUUGAUUACUUUUUUUGUUUUAGCUGAAGCCAAGCGAAGCUCGCCGGUUCUUCCAGCAAAUAAUAUCUGGAGUUGACUAUUGCCAUCGUCACAUGGUUGUUCACAGAGAUCUGAAGCCGGAGAACUUGCUUUUGGAUGAGAGAAACAACGUCAAGAUUGCCGAUUUUGGUAAGAAAAAUCUUAUUUAUUUAAAACCAUGUUAUAGGGUUAUCAAACAUAAUGACGGACGGAGAUUUCUUGAGGACAAGUUGUGGUAGUCCUAACUAUGCUGCACCCGAAGUGAUCUCUGGAAAGUAUGUUACCUAAAAUCAUAGCUUACUCAUACAAAUUUAUUAAACUUGUAAUUACUCAUUUUUAUAGAUUGUAUGCUGGGCCUGAAGUAGACGUCUGGUCAUGUGGUGUUAUCCUGUACGCUCUUCUUUGUGGUACCCUACCGUUUGAUGAUGAACAUGUCCCUUCUUUGUUUAGAAAGAUAAAAUGUAGGUUUAGCAGGUAUUUAAGUUGUUUUUCAAUAUUUGGGAUGGAAAAUUGUUAUGUUUUAUUACUCUUAUAAGUCUAAUUGUAAUAUAUUAUGGUUUUAGCUGGUAUCUUCCCCAUUCCUGACUACUUAGACAAACCCGUAGUUAACCUGCUUCUUCACAUGCUACAGGUGGAUCCCAUGAAGCGAGCAACGAUCAAGGAUGUCGUGUAAGAUUUUAAACUUUCUUUUUCAAAAUUUAUUUAUAAGAUUCAUAUAAAUGCUUGGUUUUAGAAACCACGAAUGGUUCCGCGUUGACCUACCUGCUUACUUAUUCCCCCCGAUAAAUGAAAGCGAGGCUUCUAUUGUUGAUAUCGAUGCUGUAAAGGAAGUGUGUUGUGUAAGUCGUAAUAAUUCUGUAAAAUAUCGUAAUGGUUUAGAGAUACAAUGUGAGUGAGGACGAGGUAACGACAGCCUUGUUAAGUGACGAUGCCCAUCAUCAGCUGAGCAUAGCUUACAAUUUGAUAGUAGACAACAAGCGGAUUGCAGAUGAGAGUAGGUUUACAUUUUCAUUAACGUAGGGACUCUAAGACCUGGUUUAAGGAGGACUGAAGCCAGUUGGGUCUUUUGGUGACUUGGGGUUUUAAAUUGUCUCGGGUUAAUAUGAUUGGUCUGCAGUUGAACACGGCUUCCAAUUGCAUCCUCUGGCUAUCCUGCAAAAGCAAGGCACUGGGCCGGUUGUCGAUCAGCCAGGCACAGUCCUGAUUCACGCUAUGCGGCAUGCGAAUCAACCAGACACGGCGCCUGUGGGUCUUUGCGCGGCGGUGCACCAAGUACCGCGAGGACAGUUUUGUUCCCCCGAUUGUGACAAGUGCCCCAAAUGGGGCGCCAAAGAAUGCCUGUUCAGCUUGCGUCGACGGGAACUGAACGCCUGCGACAUGUGUCCUAAACUGGGGGAGGAGGGAUGUCCCUUUCACAAGCCUGAAGCCGCCGCCGUCCCACCAGCCGGCCAACGAUGUUAGUGUAGUUGUUUUACCCUCUGUUUUUGUUGUGCCUUAAUAACUGAAAUUAAUACCGCUUUAAAAUGGCAUCUACUUAGAUAAUAUGCGUCUAAGUGCACGUAACAUUCUACUACUCUGCGUGAUCGGUCCGUCGCUUUAACUGUCUAAACGUCAUGAUUUCAGCUGCCAAACUGUCCAUCGAAGAGUUCUAUCACAUAACCCCAGCCAGCAAACUGCACCAUGCUGACCAAACUAGUCGACAUCCGGAACGAAUGAAUCGUAAGUUUUGUCGAAGCAUGACAAGUCUGUUUAAGAAAGCUCAAAGAUAACAUCGACGCUUGAAUACAAAGAUAAUGCUACUAAUCAACCACAGACUAAUCACAAAUCUCCUCAUGUUAAACGGGCUAAAUGGCAUCUUGGUAUUCGAUCACAGAGUCGGCCGGAAGACAUCAUGUACGAAGUGUUCAGGGCCAUGAAGUACCUGGACUUUGAAUGGAAGCUGUUGAACGCUUAUCAUGUUGUUGUUCGGAAAAAGCCGGACGACCCCAACACAGAAGUGGUAAGGCGGUUUUUAUGUACAACAUACUGUAUUUUAGCCUAAAAUGAGUCUGCAGUUAUAUCAAGUUGACCAACGGAGCUAUCUGUUGGACUUUAAGAAUCUAGUUGAUGAAGAAACUGGUCCAGCUAUAUCAGAAAACCCUUCGUUUGCCUCGAGGCACGCGUCCGUCUCAAUGCCGGUGAAGCCAUCGUUACGGAAUCAUCGGGCCCAGUCAUUACCCAUGCCAAUCGAGGUAAGUGAAUGAAUAAGUCUCAGACUAAAGAUUGCCAAUUGCAAAAAGUUUUUACCUAAAAAUAUUGUUUUAGGUCCAAAAAGCAGCCGCAGCACAAGCCUUGGAAGCCGCAAACGCUACGAAGCAAUCGCAGACGAUGCAGUUCUUUGAGAUGUGCGCAGCUUUGAUCGGAGCCUUGGCACGAUGA